GUACGAGGUUAAUUAUAAGUCUGAUCAAUGGGCUCUCCAUGAUUCAAGCUACAGAUGACUAAGCUUAGCCUCGUACCCCGGCCUCAGGCUACCUAGGUCCAAUUCGGCGAACAUCAACCAACACGUUGACCUGGCUCGCGCAUCAUUGUCACCAAGUUGCAAUUGGAUGACCCGUUCGCCUUGACGACUUCUAGCUCCCACAGCUUUUCCGAGGCCCCAAACUGCCCAACAUGUCGAUGUUCUUCUCAACCCCGCUCGAUAUCGAUAUCGUUCUAGAAGAUACCGAUGAGCGAGCUAUGGUCGACGUGAAACUGGAGAAGAACAGGCGAGAGAAAGUACCGCUGUAUAUGGAUGGAGAGUCAGUCAAGGGUGCCGUCACAAUAAGACCAAAAGAUGGCAAAAGGCUGGAGCAUACAGGCAUCAAAGUCCAGUUCAUCGGCACGAUAGAAAUGUUCUUCGACCGAGGCAACCACUACGAAUUCCUUUCGCUUGGGCAAGAGCUUGCUGCGCCGGGCGACCUCCAACAUCCCCAGACGUUCGAGUUCAACUUCAAGAACAUUGAGAAGCAAUACGAAUCAUACAACGGCAUAAAUGUGAAGCUGCGGUACUUUGUGAGGGUCACGGUCUCGCGGCGUAUGGCAGAUAUCGUAAGAGAGAAGGACCUUUGGGUAUACUCGUAUCGGAUACCGCCAGAGACGAACGCGUCAAUCAAGAUGGAUGUUGGAAUUGAGGACUGCCUCCAUAUUGAAUUUGAGUACUCAAAGUCAAAGUACCACUUGAAGGAUGUAAUUGUCGGACGCAUAUACUUCUUACUAGUUCGACUAAAGAUAAAACACAUGGAACUUUCCAUUAUUCGAAGGGAAACGACUGGCGCCGCACCGAACCAGUAUAACGAGAGCGAAACUUUGGUGCGAUUCGAGAUCAUGGAUGGAUCACCAUCGCGAGGAGAGACAAUACCGAUUAGGCUGUUUUUAGGAGGGUUUGAUCUGACACCAACAUUCCGCGAAGUGAACAAGAAGUACUCAACUAGAUACUAUUUAAGUCUCGUGUUGAUCGACGAAGAUGCACGUCGCUACUUUAAGCAAUCAGAGAUUGUCCUUUUCCGGCAAGCGCCAGAAGGGUUGACAUUCAACCACGAGCAAAACAAGCUGGUCCCAGUUACUUGAGGGUUUACAGAUCAGUCUUUGUGCUCGUAGUAUAUAUCAUAGGUGCCAAUUGAGGCGUGAUACGUCAAGAAGGUGCGCAGUAUGCGAGAGGUCUGGCACUACUGAAACCCCAAAUGAACGGGUCAUGCACCGACUUCGGAGUCGUGUUGUUACCAUGACAAUGAGGCUGUAAUAAUCUUUAAAAGGCCCAUAACAUAAUAGAGUAACAUAGAGACGACAGUCACGCCUCAUUGCGUUGUGACAUGUCUCAAUUUUCUGUGUCUUGGUGCACCUGCUAUCUAUAAUAGUCCCCGGCAACGACACUGACACUUCCACUAC